CCUAACCUACAUUCAAAAUAACAACUUUCCUUUAACAUCGAAAACCAACAUGUCAUUUUAUAUCGUCUUUGGUCGACUUAGUCUAAAAUGACAUUUCAUCAUGAGUUGGUGUAACUAUUUCGGAUAUUUAUUCAGUAAAUUAUAGUGCAGACACGCUAUGUCGUUUUGGUCAUUAAUUAAUUCUAAAUUAAAUGUCACUAAAGCCUACCACUUGCAAGGAAGCCAUAGCACGAUGGGAGAAGGGUAAGGAUGAAAAGGCAUCAGAGGCCAAAGUAGUAGAGUUGCAGUUCCAGUGGCCUCCGAUUGAAAAGAUGGACGCGGCUCUUUCCACACUAGUUAAUUGCGAAAAGCUAAGCCUCUCUACUAACAUGAUUGACAAAAUAGCCGGCAUAGCUGGUAUGAAAAGACUGAAGAUAUUAGCUUUAGGACGAAAUAAUAUCAAAUCUCUAGCUGGGAUCGAAACAGUAGCUGACAGUCUAGAGCAGUUGUGGAUCAGUUACAAUGAAAUCGAUAAAUUGAAAGGAAUUGGCGCAUUAAAAAACCUUCAAGUGUUCUAUAUGUCCAACAACCUCGUAAAAGAUUGGAUCGAGAUAAAUAGGUUGCAGGAAUUACCGAAGCUUUGGGAUGUGGUUCUCUUGGGCAACCCAAUAUACGACAGCUUACCAGACGUAGACGCCGUGCGAGCAGAGAUCUCCAAGCGUGUGCCACAGAUCACCAAGCUAGACGGAAUCCCUAUAAUCAAGCUCUAAUUUUUAUAAUUAUUUUAUACACAACUGAUUUUAAUUUUUAAUUAUGUUAAGUAUACUCUAUUGUGCACAUUAUGUACCUACAGGAAAUCUAAGAUACAGAAACAAAAGAGAAAUAAAGAAUUAUCUGUGUUUUAUUA